CCAUAGUGUGAUAUUACAGCCCAGUUAAAUAGUACAUUAUAACAGUUGAAUAUUUUACCUGUAUCAUUUUAAAUACAAUGAUGUAUAUUAUCGAGAUUUUUCUUUUACUCAGUGUAGCAGCGUAUGUUUUGUGUGGCAACAAUACUUCGAAGCAUGCUGUAUCUGGAGAGAAAAACGAACCUCAACAGAUAAAUGAAGCCGAACUGAAAAUUGAAGCCGAACCAUUUAAAGAUGAUGCUACCUGUAUGGGACCGGAUCGACCUGAAACUUCAGGUUCAGAUGCACCUAAAGAGAAAAUUGAAGCUGGAACAUUUAAAGAUGAUGCUACCUGUAUGGAACCGGAUCGACCUGAAGCUUCAGGUUCAGAUGCACCUAAAGAGAAAAACGAACCUGAACAGAUAAAUGAAGCCGAACUGAAAAUUGAAGCUGAAACAUUUAUUGACAAUAACAAUAUUCACAAUAACAUAAAAUAAUUUUCAAUAUGACAAUGUCUGAUAAUGAUAUAAUAUUUUUUAGACAAUGUUUCAUAAUACAACAAGUGUUAACGACUUUGAUGACUCCAAAA